AUGCCGGCGUCGACCAGGUUCUUCGCUCUUAAUACUGGUGCUAAGAUCCCAUCAUUGGGACUGGGAACAUGGCAGGCUGAUCCUGGCGUCGUCGGAAACGCCGUCAUUGCGGCUGUCAAGGUAGCGAUCGAAGUCCAUCGAGUUCUCGUUUGUUGUUCUUCUUUCGCUGCACAGCAUGUUUCGCUUUGUCUCUUAUUUUCGAGCGCGCUUCGGUGGAUCAUGCAUAAAAAACUCAUGCAUGGAGCGUUUUUAAACUCAUUGAUUUGUUUCUAUGCUUUAAAUAAUCCACUGUCCUGGGGCAAUGGCAUCCAUCCUGGAGAUCUCAGGACAAGCCAUAUUUUUUUUCACGACGGUUUUAAAGUCUAUGUUUCUCCCUUGUUUUUGAUCUAGUGACUUUACACUUUUGUAACGGUUUAUAUCAUCUUUCCUGACGGACUAUUCAAAGGACAAUAAACCUCAAUCCAGGGAUUUUAUACGAGGGAAAAAAGUGCUCCGAUCAAGGCCAGGGAACUGGAAGCUCCCAAGAAUGAUUUAUUUCAAUUGAAUCCUAUGCAAUAUGCUGCACUUUAUAUUUGCAUGUAAAUGAAACCAUAUAUAAUGAGAAAUUUUUGUGUGGUUUUGUUUUCUUGUAACCAUGGAUAGAAGUACUUCCAUAUCAGGAUGCUAAUGUGUCGAAGUUUUUCACCUGUUGAUUGAGAAAUAACAUUGGACAUCUUACUGAAAAUUUUGCUGUUUUUUUUCUUCUCCUUUAAGAGGCGAUUUCCUAGUUCAUUAAUUGGAUGCAUAAUUUCUCUUACGAUGUUGUUGUUUGUUCCAUUUAUUUUCAUUUGGGAAAGAGUCAGAUGGCUCAUAUCUUCUUGGUUCCCCAGUCAUUGUAUUGAUUGACACAGUAAAAUUAUCCAUCUGAUGUUACUCGGCACCUCAUCCUCUGAUAAUCAUCUAUCCUUGUAUUCAUCUUGAAUCCUACCGUCAUGUUUUGUACUUAGUGAACCAUAUUACGGUUUAACCAACGUAUUGCUGUCCGCUGUGGUCUCUUUAAUUAUAUUGAAAAUUAGCCUUGAUCACAUUGGUGUUGGAUUUUUGAAGUUGAAGCACUUUCUUAUUUUGCUUUUGAUAUAAAUGAUCGUCUUUCACACAUCUGCUGCAUUCUCCCUACUGCAAGCAUAAGGGAGUAGUUUCACUAUUAUUUCUUUCUUUUUAUAUCGUUGUUCUUAUUUUUUUCUUUAAUGUUUUCCACUGUUAUCGUUAGAUGAUAAUUGACCUGGCUGGUACACAUUUUAGUUAGCUCUAAUGAUCACUCCUUUGGAAAUACAGGUGGGAUACCGGCAUAUUGAUUGUGCUCGAAUUUAUGGAAACGAAAAGGAGGUAACUUUCAUUGAAUAUGAUUACUGUUUCUGUGAAUAUAUCAUUAAAUCGUAUGAAAUUUUAUAGCCAUUUCGAUUUACUGUUAUCUUGUUAGCAAUGGCCAAUUAUGCAAUGUUCUUCUUCUUAUGACUUAGCUAUUUGGUAAUUUAUGAAGAAUAUGAAGAACCCUAAAUAUCAUUAUAGAAUUUCUUUCUAUGAGUUUUUAUGUUAGAUAUAAUAAAUGUAUUAUACCUUAAGCAGAUUUGUUCUUGAAUUUUGGUGGUUGUGACGAAGUGAUUCCAUGCAAUUAAAUUAGUCAUCAGAGCCCAAGAUCUGGAGCACGCUUUGACAACUCUGUUGUCCAUCGAGCUCCAUGAUUUUUACUACUUGUGAAUCGAUCAUGCCUGAUAGAAAUCACAGAACAAAGGAACAGAGGGCUUAUCAGUUGUAGCCUCAGUUCAAACUUGUAAGGUUAUACCAACAUUGUUCGAGACGGGCUUAUGCUUCCUCCUUUGAUUAUCACUGGCACACCUUUAUUGAAUCUGAUAUGAGCAAUUUAUUUUUUGCCUGAAUUUCUGUUUUGGCAACAGAUCGCUGACGAUUUUAUUUUUUUCAUUGCACGAUUCAGUAGCUGACAUAUUUAUGGGGAGGAUGGAGAGGAUCAAUUUGUCAUUUAAAUAGCUUAUUGCCUAUCGUCAUUGAGCACUUCAUUUAUACAAGUUAUGUUGGACUAUGUUGGAUUACGUCCAUUCUCUAAUACGCUCCAAAAAUAACCCUUAUCUGAAUUUUUAUUUUUUUAGAAUUAUGUUAUUCAUGUUGUUUCCACUUUAGCCUUUUUAUAAAUAAUAUGCCCAUGUCUAGCUAUAUACGCCUUUUCUGUCAUCAAAUUUUCCAUCUUGUAUGUAAUAAGGUACGCCAUAGAUGGCUUUUCUGAGAAGAUGAAUGGUUUUUUUUUCCUUGUCUCCUUUCUUCAUAGGUUACAUUUAUCAUCAAGUUGCUUGUCGUUAUUUCACCAGUCAUACCUGAAGAUGUGAAAAAAGGAAGCUUAGAAAUAUAUGAAUUUCAUCUGGUCUGUUUGGUGGAGAAGUGUAUGGGUGGUUGUCAAUACUCUUGAGAAUUGAUGGAAUAAUGUUGCUUUUAUUUAUCUGAUUAAUAAGAAAAUCAUCUUUUUUUUGGAAAUUAAUUAAUCAAGAUCAAAAUUCGAAUGACAUCCUUGUUUUUGUAUCAUACUCCGGUAUCACCAACAUGCAAAUGUGUUUUGCUUUGACUGCAGGUGGGCCAGGCUCUGAAGGAGCUGUUCGAGGAUGGAACAGUGAGGCGUGAAGAUUUGUUCAUUACGUCAAAGAUUUGGUUGGUCCUUUUGGGAGCAAGCUGUCACUUGGCGUAAAUAAUUUCUCCCUGAUUUUUGAACUUAAUACUCAGCUUUGCGUCUCCAGGUGUUCUGAUCUCGCAGCAGAAGAUGUUCCAGGCGCGUUGCAAUCGAGUCUGGACGAUCUGCAACUCGACUACCUUGAUCUCUACCUUGUAUGUUCGUUCCUUUUCUGAUGCCCAGAAUAUUUGGUAGUAUAGUCGCAGCUGGGUAGCUUCGAUCAAUUCCCUAUGUUGACUUUUUCCUCGCGCUAUAGAAGCACAGUAUUGUAUGUCCGCCACUUUCUUCUUUCAAGACCUCUCCCCAAGUACCAUCUGACCGCCUGGCAAUACAAAACUUUGGAGCUGCCGUGGAGCUGCUGUUACCCUAAUGAUCGACCCGUUUGACAUCAUGCCAACCUUUGCAACUUUGCUAUAUAUUUCUAUUAUCCAAAUGAUAAUUUAUUUGUGUGCAAUACCUAUGACUUUCCUCUGACCGAACUACGCUGUCAACGUCUUAAAGAUUCAUUGGCCCUGCCGGUUAAAAAAAGGGAGCGGGCUCAGCGGUGAGGCCGUCGUCCCCCUCGACAUAAACAGUACAUGGAAGACAAUGGAGCGACUGUAUGAUGAGGGCAAGGCCCGCGCGAUUGGUGUCAGCAAUUUCUCCUGCAAGAAGCUGGAAGACGUGCUGGUGAUUGCACGUGUCCCUCCAGCUGUCAAUCAGGUGGAGUGCCACCCCUGCUGGCAACAGAGAAAACUCCGCACUGUCUGCAAGGCUCGGAAUGUUCACCUCUCUGUGAGUUCUCUACGACCAGCCCCGAAUGAAUCUUCUGGCCUCCAUCGGCGAUUUUUUUUUUUUUCGCCAAAUAAUUUGCUUCAGGGCCAUGAAAAUAUGGCUCAUUUCUUAACAUCCCCUGAUUGAACCCUUUUAUUUUUAUUUUUCUUUCAUUUUUAUUUCAUUUUUAUUUUUUAAUGUCGUCGUAUUUUGCCCCAGAAUCAUGUCUAACGGGUUCCAUCUUUCAGGGGUAUUCUCCGCUUGGUUCUCCUGGCACGGCGUGGAUAAGCAGCAGCGCGGUGCUCCGUAACCCAGCUGUGAAGACAGUGGCGGAGAAGCUGGGUAGGUCUCCCGCACAGGUUGCCCUCCGCUGGGGAGUGCAGAUGGGGCACAGCGUGCUGCCCAAGACCACCAAAGAGGCCAGGCUCAGGGAGAACAUGGACAUCUUCGACUGGUCCAUCCCCGAGGAGCUCUUCGCCAAACUCGAAGAGAUCGAGCAGGCAAGUGUUCCAUGGCCCUCUGAUAAGCCUACUUAAUAUCUAUUGCUCUGAAGAUUAUGGUUUACCCCACAUCAAACGGGGGUAGUAGCCAUGUCGCUGCAAAAACUAUGCUUGAAAUCUUUAGGAUUUAAUAAGAUCAUGCUUCCAUUCUUCAAACGUACCGGCCAUAGUUUUACAUGAAUAACGUGGUAAGUACCCUUACCUGUAGUUAAUCAAUUGACGUAUUAGAGAGCCAUGCUUGCAAUUCCGUGGUUGUGAUAUCAUGAAUGCUGCCAGAUUGAUUAUGCGGCGGACAUCCGCAUCUAAUUAUGGGCUUGAGAGAUGCUGAUAUGAUGAAUGCCUUUGAUUUUUGCAGGUGAGGCUCAUCAGGGGUGACUUGCUGGUUCACGAGGGGGGAGUCUACAGCAGCGUGGAGGAGCUCUGGGACGGGGAGAUUUAG